UUCUUUCAUUAUUGUGACCCAUCUGGAGAUUGCACUUCUCUUUUGCAAGCAAGGAGCUAGGAGGAAAUAGAAAAUAAUCACUAACCUACGUUUUUUGCAAUGACAGGCUGCACCACAUAGAUGUGUCUGUGCCAAAUUACUCUUUCCUACUCCAGCUCUGGGCAAACCUGUCUUCUCCUUGUCAAAUCUGGCACUAAUCCUGGAGGUGGAGGAACUUCUCCAAUUACUAAUUAACCUUAGGAAACCUCUCUACAUAAGGGAAGCCCCAAAUAACCUUACCCCACUCUAAAGUGUGGAGGUUUGCCUCUUGAAGCAUGAUGAAAAGCUAUGCUGCUUCUCUGGGCUGGUUGGCUUUGUUCACAGUCUUUUUGGUGGCUAACUCUGACUCUCAGCCCUUGUACAUGCUCAUCACACCCAGCAUCUUAUGUGUGGACAGCGAGGAGACCAUCAUUGUGGAGGCUCAUGAUCACACUAGCCCUUUUUCAGUUCAAAUCAGUCUUUGAUUUUCCUGAAAAUAAUAGCUUGUUCAGGAUGGAAGCCAGACUAAACCCUGAUAAUGGCUUGGUUGUAGCAAAGAUAAAGAUUCCAGCCAUAGAGAAGAAAUAUGGAAACCACUAUGUGUACAUCCAAGCUAACAAUUCACUCUUCACUCUGGAGACAAUUGUUCUAUCCUUCCACAAUGGCUACAUUUUUAUCCAGACUGAUAAAACCAUCUAUACACCUGGAUCAAUAGAAAACCACUGCACAAAACUUUACCACCCAGUAAAGGAAGAGGACGCGCUGAACCAAGUGUGCCAGGAGGGCAUCUGCCGCUGAAUGGAAGUUAAGUGGCUGGAGCUUCCAAAGCUGCUCCCUGCAAGUCUUGCUUCCUGUGGCAGUGCUGGCCAUCCCAUGCAGCACUGCUUUGGUUGGCAGAUUUGGGACCGUAAUUGACAGGGGCAACAGGUAGAGAGGUGUGAACAGAAGACAGGCAGCCCGAAGGAAUACUGACCUAGUCUGAUGCCCUGCAUCAGCUCCUUUGACUUGAACAGGAGCUUCACAAGAGCAUGGUGGUUCUUCAGUUUAAGGGGAGCUGUGGACAAGGAGGUUAAAGGACAAGGAAGAGGCUGCGUCUAAUGAUUCUCACCUGCGCUUUCACUACUCUGUCCCCAGAACAAUGCAGCUUGAUAAAGAAGUUCUCUCCUACACCCUCAAGUUCUAUGAGGUAUCAAACAGCCUGUCAGACAGGGGUGGAUUAUGGUAAGGCAUGAUUCUCCAGCUUCAACAGAUAUUCCUAACACCUGGUUUAGCCUUUGGGAGAUGAUGAUCUACCUUUCUAACCUCUUUAAUUGUCCCCAACUGCUUUCCCUUCUGUCAGAGUAAAAAGGGAAUCCUAUUCUUUACCAUUGGAUUCCUCUCUUUCUGCUGCCUUCUAUGUUCCCUAGUGUUAUUGUCUUUUCCAAUUAUGUUUGCCUUCUCAUAAUGAGGCCAAAGUAAGACAGCCUCAAUUUAGCCAUCUUGAUUAAAGUUCAGGCUUGAUCUAUUCAAGGAAUUAUUCGUUUGUCUUUUUAUCUGUGUAUGGUAUUCUCAGCACUC